AUGGAGGAGGAAGCCGAUGAUCCGCCCCGCCCGACACCUGUUCGACGUGCCCGGCUGGUGUGUCAUCGAUGCCAUCAGAAAAAGAUCCGUUGCGACCUGCGGCGCAUAGGUGCCGCAUGCAGUAACUGCCUCGGCGCGGAAGCAAGCUGCGAGUUCCGCCCCUCUGGCAAAGGACAUCAUCGUAGAAAGCGUGGAAGCGAUGUUCGAACAUCGCACGGCAUUACUGCGAGCUCUACUCAGGUGGAAUCGCCGGCGCCCCAAUUGCCAUCGAUUGUCGCGAGUGGAGGCAACUACAUCCGUGCUCUAUUGGGACAUCAAUUUGGACAUGAAAACGAUAAUAACAACAGGAGUGAGGCCGCUUCAUCUCCCACACAGGCAAGCGAUAGGUUCGCUCCUGGCACGAUUCGAAGUUUCCUCGAGACCUACUCCGAAAUCUGCUACACCUGGUGCCCGAUCAUCGAUGUUGACAACUCGACGAUGACGGCCGGCUCCUUGUUGCUGGACCACUCGAUCGCAGCGGUAGCCAGCAUCAUCAGACCGUCCGUAAUGCCGGGCCUCAAUCUUUGGAGACAGCACUACGAGCGCGCUCGCCAUCUCUUCCAUGCUGAGCGACAGAAUGAUGCUUUAGUACUGGUCAAGGCUGCGUUACUGCUCUCAUACUGUGACAACGACAGGUCAGGAAGCCGAACGGAUGGUAGUUCUUGGUGGCUUGGCGUUGCUGUUCGUCUCGCGCAGGACCUGCGCCUGCAUCGAGCCCCUCGUAAUGCGACUACCACGCCGGACUUGGGGUUGCGAAAGCGGAUCUGGUGGGCUUUGUUCGCUCGUGAGCGAGUGAUGGCGCUGUACCAAGGGCGACCAUGCACGAUCGACGAAGACGAUUGUAAUCUGGGAUUGCCACUGGUCGCCGACUUCCCCGAGAAUCGCUCUCGUGAAGGACGUAUCUUCGUUCACUGGAUCCACCUCUGCCGUAUUAUGGGACGGCUGAACAAGCACAUGUCCACCGCGCGCUACACUGGAGUGAGAAUUCCGACGCAAGAAAUCGCAAUCUCUCUCACCGCAUGGCUGCAAGCUUUGCCCGUUGAUCUACAACUCCCCAUACAAGAAGCACACACGGCGCCGCUCGAACGCGACGUUCACCUACUGCAUCUACCCUACCUGACAACCGUGGCACUCAUGUAUCUAAACACAACAGGCCAAGACGUCCCGGAGGUCUCGGCGGCUGCGGUUAUGGCGGCCGCGUGCACGGCUCGCAUCAUUGGAGACCUGCUCCUUCGCGACUGCGCGUCUGCUCUCCUCGAAGACUGCGGCUGGUAUCUCACUAUAACCGUGACCGCUUUGAUGCAUAUAUUACCCGUACCGUCGCUUGCAGCGCACGCUGCCGCCGACAUACACAUACUUCGCACAGCACUCGAGCGAAUGAGCAGCACUUGGUCUUCAGCGAAAGUCCUUACCACCGGUUUGGACAAGUUGAUGGACCAGCUUCUGACGAGUGCCGCUGACGAACGCGCCGCACGUAUGAACCCAUCUUCCGCCGGCGAAGCUGCUGCUUUAUUCACACCUAGUGCGCGGAGUUUACAAGAUCUCUGCGCGCAUGAUGGGGUGCUGUGGGCCGACUUCUUUCCAUUCGCAACCUCUCGCACGAGCCCGUUGGUCGAGGCGCUCCUAACCGAAUGCCAAAACAGCUAUCCGGAGUUAUGGCCGAGCUUUGACUUUGACUUUGAUAUCAAUUUCGAUACAUUGUGGGAUGAGGUUAUCACCGCUCAAGGGGCCUUGUUCCAGGACGGGCCUUGA